AUGCUCGAAUGUGUCCCGUCCGCGAAUCAAUCACCAGUAUCUGAUAGUUCUGGACCGCCACGUUUACAGAAUGAUCUCGCGUUGACCUCUACCGGAGUUGGCCGUCAACCACUUGUACCAGCAGCAAAAAGGGAUCGUAAAGGCCAUCGAAAAUCAAGACAGGGAUGUUUUAGCUGCAAGAAGAGGAAGAUCAAGUGCCAAGAAACCUAUCCCAUGUGUGACAAUUGCAAAAGACUUGGUCUGAAAUGUCAAUACAUGCAAACAAGUGCUGUCGUUCAACCUGCAACUACUCAAAUAGAGCUGAAACCUUCUUUAAACAAUACCCCGGAAUUCAGCUUGAUGGAUUUCCAGCUAUUUCAUCAUUAUCUGGUAGCAGCAUAUCCGCAUUUCCCUGUUGCAAGUGAGGAUAUAUGGUUAAAUUAUAUCACGCCGAUCAGUCAUCAGUCGUCUUUCCUCAUGCACGCCCUCCUCGGCCUCUCAGCAUCCCAUCUCAGCAAACUCUCCCCAACAUCAUACACCAGCGCCGCACAAUCCCACCGCUUGAAAGCAAGUCAAGGCCUCAAUCUCGCUCUCAGCGCCCCGCUCAAAACUAUCGAGGAAGCAGACGCUGUGGUCGCUGCUUGUAACGCGCUGCUCAUGCAGUCCUGGUAUAUGGACGACGGUCUCCAUGCGUUCUUGGUGUUAACACGCUCGUCUCACCUCGUUGCCGAUGAGGUAAGGAGACAGAACAUUCAGGCGUUGCUGGCGAAGAGCGAUCUUGAUACUUUUGUCGAGGUUAUGAGUAUGAGGUUGAAUGGGCGGAAAGCUCCGGCGUUUGAUAAAGCGUUUAUUGAGGAUGCGGUGGGAUCGUUGGAAGAGGUGAGUGGAUUGUGUAGUGAGGAGUACCAGGGAGGGUUUCGAGAGUGUUUGCUUAGUAACUUUUGCGCGCUGGAAAACACUUCGAUUGAAGCCUACCAAGCCCACGCCAACGUUUGCAAAUUCAUCGUCUCCAUCGCCUCAAAAAACUUCAUCAGUCUCUGCGAUCCUACCAACACAGUUUGUCAAAUCCUGAACGCACAUCUUGUAGCGUUACAUCUAGUUAUGCGACCUAUUUCAUGCCAGGAAAGGAAGAAGUAUACGGUUACGAUGUACCGUAUUCGGAUGAGCAAUUGGAUUGAGGAGAUUGUGAAGGGUGUGGAUGGGGGGUUUGAGAGGUAUCUGGAGUGGCCGAGGAAGGUGGGGGAGUUGCAUGCAAGGGGGGAGUUAGAUGGGUAUAUUCUGCGGAGGGGGUGA